AUGUUCUUUCUGGGAUAUUUGCUGUUCAUUGGCGGAAUGACCCAGGUUCUUUCGAGUUAUCCCAUCUGGUGGUCCUUGGCUAUCGGUCAUCAGUACUCCUCACUGGGAACUCAGCCCAUCCUCUGUGGGAGCAUUCCUGGCCUAGUACCCAAGCAGCUUCGAUUCUGCAGGAACUACGUCCAGAUUAUGCCCAGCGUGGCCGAAGGAGUGAAGAUUGGCAUUCAGGAAUGCCAGCACCAGUUUCGUGGAAGGAGGUGGAACUGCACCACCGUCAAUGACAGUUUGGCCAUCUUUGGACCGGUGUUAGACAAAGCCACCCGGGAAUCGGCCUUCGUCCAUGCCAUCGCGUCAGCCGGCGUGGCUUUCGCUGUCACCCGAUCCUGCGCAGAAGGAUCCUCCACCAUCUGUGGCUGCGACAGCCGUCACAAAGGUCCCCCUGGAGAGGGGUGGAAAUGGGGCGGCUGCAGUGAGGAUGUGGAGUUUGGCAGCAUGGUGUCGCGGGAAUUUGCGGACGCACGAGAGAACCGGCCGGAUGCUCGCUCGGCCAUGAACAGGCACAACAACGAAGCAGGACGGACGUCCAUCAUAGACCACAUGCAUCUCAAAUGCAAGUGCCACGGCCUGUCUGGCAGCUGUGAGGUCAAAACCUGCUGGUGGUCUCAACCAGACUUCCGGGUCAUCGGCGACUACCUUAAAGAUAAGUACGACAGUGCUUCUGAGAUGGUGGUGGAGAAACACCGAGAGUCCCGCGGCUGGGUUGAAACCCUGCGCCCCAAGUAUAAUUUCUUCAAAGCGCCCACGGAGAGAGACCUGGUCUACUACGAAAACUCCCCCAAUUUUUGCGAGCCCAACCCUGAAACCGGCUCAUUCGGCACCCGCGACCGAAUAUGCAACAUCACCUCGCACGGCAUCGAUGGCUGUGACCUGCUGUGUUGCGGCCGCGGACACAACACGAGGACUGAGAAGAGGAAGGAGAAGUGCCAUUGUAUCUUCCACUGGUGCUGCUAUGUCAGCUGCCAGGAAUGUAUAAGGAUCUACGACGUUCACACGUGCAAGUAA